AUGGCGAUCAAAAGCGGGAAGCUAGACGGGGGAGAAUCUAGCCGAAAACCUCUAGCAAGAAUGAAUGAUAAUGAGGUUAGUAAUGUGAAGAAAUAUAAUUCUAAUAACAUUACAGUAUCCCGACCUCAAGCCACCACAUCGUCUGCACUAAAUCCUGUUAAGCAAGGGGUGAAAGAACCAAGACAAGAAAGAGAAAUGGUUCAAUUUGACCCCAUCCCUAUGACCUAUAAAGAACUAUUCCAGAUCUUAUUAAGGCAAAGAAAUGUCAUCAACUUCGGUGAUAGCGAGCAGCCUAAUGUGGCUCAGAAUCCACUACCGAACCAUGUAGGGGUAGGGGUUAAUGCUGUUAUUGAAGAAAGAGGGAAUGAAGUUAUAAUCAGAGUCAAUGAAGUGAAGUCACCUAUGCAUUGGUUAUGGGGGCAAAUGGUCAAAUUAGGCUGGUUGACCUUUAAUGAUGAGGGGAAUAAGCAUGCUUGCCCCUACCACCGUUGCGAGGAUCAUGUUAUUCAAUAUUGUGAUGAGUUCAAGGCCUUGGUUCAAAGGCUGAUGGAUAGUAAAGACAUGGAAUUUUACAAUGAAGCUAAGAAAGAGAAAGAUGUAGAGAUUUUCACUUCCGAAGGCACAUCCAAUGGACUUUACAAUACUAACUGCCCUUUAGUCAUCACAUCGAAAGCUUGGACUAUAGAAAAGACAACAAGCAGUGAUCUUGAGAAAAGAGCAGCCGUUGAUAAAGGGGAAAGGGUUGAGAUAUUGCUGAAAGAUGAUGAGCCAACAAUUAAGGAGCCAGUAACGGAGAACGAGGCUGUGGAGUUUUUAAAUUUUUUGAAGCAUAGCGAGUACAUCAUCGUCGAACAACUACACAAGUUGCCAGCUCGUAUCUCGAUCCUGGCUCUACUAUUAAGUUCUAAGGCACAUCGAAAUGCCUUGCUGAAAGUCUUGAAUCAGAAUUUCGUACCGAAAGAUGUGCUAGUAGAAAAGAUAGAUCGACUGGUUGCAAAUAUUCAGGCGGAUAACUUCAUCUCUUUCUCUGAUGACGAGAUCCCAUCCGGAAUGAUGGGCAACCCCAAAGCCAUGCACAUUACCAUCAGGUGCAAGGGACAUGUGUUAUCACGAGUACUGAUCGACAACGGCUCUGCCCUAAAUAUGAUGCCAUUAAUAACCUUGAAGAAACUCCCGGUCGAUAGUACACAAAUGAGAAAUUGCCAAAGCAUUGUUCGAGCUUUCGAUAGAACAAAGAAGGAGGUACUGGGGAAGAUCGAUAUUCCUUUAACCAUAGGACCAUCAACCUAUGAGGUUGAAUUCCUUGUAAUGGAUAUAAUGCCCUCCUAUAACUGUUUGUUAGGAAGGCAUUGGAUCCACCAGACAGGAGCCGUGCCAUCCACUCUGCAUCAGAAACUCAAAUUUGUAAUUGAGGGGAGACUGGUAUGCCUUAAUGCCGAGGAAGAUAUCAUUGCUUCCAUAUCUACUACUGCCCCAAAGAAAAUUCCAAAGCCAAGGUUGUCCAACUGUACCAAAAUGGAACUGAAAAUGACUCUGGGAAGAGGAGCCAAGGUUGGGAGAGGGCUUGGAAGUCGCUUACAGGGAAAUAUUAGUCCAGUUUUUCCCAAUAUUAAGCGAGAUCAUUUUGGUCUGGGAUAUCGUCCGACCUUAAAAGAAAAGUUGAAAAAUGGGGCCCGAUCAUCUAAAGAGCCUGUUAUUGAAAAUGCCCUGAGGGAUUUGGGUAUAAAUGUGAUAUCGGAGGAAGGAAUCGAAGAUGGAAUGGCUAUGGGCAUAUACCCUGCACCACCAGGCUUUGUGCUAAACAAUUGGACUGCAGAAGAAUUACAUGUAGUUUACAAAAUUGUUUCAGAGACCUCCGGUAUUAAUAGUAUGAAUGUUGAUGACUCUGACCUGAAGAUAAAUAUAGAGCUACCCAUAUGUCAAGGGGAAAUUGGAGGUUAUGAUAGUGAUGAGGUAAGCGACUUACCUUCUGAACUACUGAAAAUGGUAGAGAAAGAAGAUAAACAAAUUCUACUUCAUGAAGAGCCCAUUGAUAUCUUGAAUCUAGGAUCAGAGGAAGAUAAAAAGGAGAUAAAAAUUGGCACCAUCAUAUCUGCUGAGGGAUGA